UUAGUUAUUGAAUAUGGCUUCUCUUUCGUCGAAAAAGAAGAAAAAAGACGAAGUUAUUCAAGAAGAUAGCGACGAAGAUUCUUCAAGCGAGGCCGAAAGCGAGAAUUCUGAGUCAGAUCUCGAUCCAGAUCUGGAAAUUCAAGUUGAAUUUGAAGCAAGAACUCCAGAAGCCUCGGAUUUUGCAGGAAUAAAAAGAUUAUUGCAGCAGCUUCUGCCAAAAACCAGCAUAAAUCUCUCUGAAAUUACAGAUCUUAUUUUGAAUCAGUCGAAAGUUGGUAGUGUUUUAAAGUGUAUUGCAGAUGACAAUGAUGAUGAUGAUAAUGAGGAUGAUACUUAUGGCAUUACAACAGUUUUGAACCUUAACCAUCAUAAGGAGGUAGCUGCAGUCAGAGACUUCCUCAAUCUUGUUACAAAAGGUUCUCAAGAUGAAAAUUUUUUAAAAAUCCUUCAAGAUCCGCAGCACACAAUCGGUUGGUUAAUAAGUGAGCGAUUCAUCAAUAUUCCAGCUCAUAUUGCUCCUCCACUAUAUGCAAGCCUUUGGGCUGAGAUUAAUAAGGCAAGAAAAAAGGGCAAGCCAUUUGAGUUUGACUAUCUCUUAUACGUGUGUAAAUCUUACAAAAUGGAUGUCUCAACCAUCAAGAAGAAAAAGAAAAAUCAGACAGUAGAGGGACAAGACCUGAUGUUUAUAAAUGCUGAAGAUGAACUGUUAUGUCAGAAAGCAUCAGCGAAGUUUGACAAAGACGUCACAGAGCAAAGCGAUGUUCUGGUGUCAGGCAAAUGGCGGGAAAACGACAGUCAGAUGAGAUCCUUCAGGACUUUCAUGUUAAUACCUUGGAAAGAAAUGGAAAAAAUAACGACAGAAAUGCAACAAUUUGCAGCGUGAGAGACUAACUCGGGUAACUAUUAGCGUGUUUUCAUUCAAUAAUUUAGUACCAAAAUUUGGGAACUGGCGCGAAAUAUCUUGCGACGGAAAUAUUUAUCUUUUAAUAUCAUACUGCAUUUGUACUUUAACUGUGUGGUAUUAUAACA